UUGUGGGUUUUUCAGAGAACCGAUGAAGAAAAUGUUUCUCAAAUUAGUUUUGUUCUGUUUUUGGCAUCUGGAUGGUGUGUUUGGUGAUGAAGUGGAGUCAGUAACAGCGAUAGAGGGACAUGAGGUCACUCUACACUCUAAUCUUACUGAAAAAAAGGAUGAUGAUGUGAUUCAGUGGAGGUUUGGAUCUGAAAACACUUUACUAGCUAAAAUCAAUAAACAGACCAACAUUAUGACUGUAUAUGAUGAUGUUCUUGAUGGGAGAUUCAGAAACAGACUGAAGCUGGAUCAUCAGACUGGAUGUCUGACCAUCACAAACACCAGACUUGAACAUUCUGGACAUUAUGAAUUACAGACCAACAGUGUGAGAAAGUAUUUCAAAAUCACUGUAUUUAUUAUUCGUCUGCCUAUUCCUAUCAUCAGCAGAAACUCUUCACAAUGUUCUUCAUCAUCAUCAUCAUCAUCAUCAUCUUCCAACUGUUCACUGGUGUGUUCAGUGGUGAAUGUGAGUCAUGUGACUCUCUCCUGGUACAAAGGAAACAGUUUAUUGUCCAGUAUCAGUGUGUCUGAUUUCAGCAUCAGUCUCUCUCUACCUCUGGAGGUGAAAUAUCAGGAUAAAAACAGCUACAGCUGUGUGAUCAAAAAUCCCAUCAGAAACCAGACCACACAUCUGGACAUCAGUCAACUCUGUCAACCAUGUUCAGACUCUGAACACUGUUGUGGUUCUACUGAAGCUGUGAUCAGAUUGGUCCUCUCUGCUUUGGUGGGCGUGGCUACUGUAAUUUUUCUGGUUUAUGACAUCAGAUCCAGAAGAACUGAACAAGAUCAUGCAUGUUUUCCAGCGUCACAAACCUAAAUUCGCAUGUCAUUAAUUCUAUAACAAUUGUGUGUAUCAUUUUAAAUUAUUUUAAUACAAAUGCUUUUGUAUUAUGCUUUUCCUGUUUAAUUAUUAGCAAAUCAUUUUCAGGCUAAAAUAUUAUUAAUAGUAACAUUCGCGUAUAAUAGUAAUAGUAACAGUUGCAUAUAUGAUCAAAUACCAUGAUUCAUCAAUAUUACAAUGCCUUUUUAUACAAUCUUAAUUCUAUUACAACAUUAGCUUUCAUAUUUUCUGGGUGUACCUUGUAGUUUUAUUUUAUACGGAUCAGACGGCUUUAAUACUGAAGCUCUUCAACUGGCAGAACAUGAAAACAAGAAAACAGAAGUGCUAUCGCAUUAUUAUAAUUUCCGUAAAAUCUAGU